ACGAUUUUCCAUAAAAUGCCUAGUCAAAAAGAUGUGACAGAAAUAAGACAAACACCAAACUUCGUUUCGAUUAACAAUAAGGAAUUUACUAAUGAAAAAGAGGAUUUGAAUAAACUAGAUGACAUUAAUCUUUCUCCUAUCAUUGGUGAUACUAAAGUUAUUGAACUUUGGAGCAACUCAACAAACCGCGCAGCAGAUAAAUUACAAAUUGCGACAAACAACGUUUCUGUGGUUGACUGUGAUCAUAUGCAUGGGUUAUUAUUCUAUUUAUAAAAAAUCAAAUUUCGUCAAAUUUAUUGAAUUUAGAAAAUAGUUUGCAACAUAUACUUGUUUGCUUAAAAAAUAAAAUAUAGAUUAGCAAGUCAGCGACAAAAUGAAAAAAAACUAUCCUUUGAAGCUUGGAAAAAUAAGAAAACUAUCACAUAUAAACGAAUACUUAAAAAAAUAGAAACUGAAAAACAGCAAAAAUUACUUGAAAACUUAACAAAUACAAAAUGGAAAAAAAUUGCUCAACAGGCGCAAAUACGUAAAGAAAAUAAAAAUCGGCGAAAACAAAAGUUACUUUCUAAAAAAUAUUUUGAAAUGAAUAAUUGUAACGGAAAAUCUAAUUGUAAUAAAAUGAAUGAAAAACAAAUUAUUGAAGAAUUUAUUUCAAAUUCAUUUGGAGAAGAAAAAAAUAUGAAAUUACAUAAAGAAAAGAAAAAUGAACCGAAUAUUGUGCGAGGAUCAAGUAACAAUCCUAAUAACGAUAGAAAAAAUAGAGUGUCUUCAAUGAUUAAUUCUAUUGAAACUAUUGUAUUUUGUUCUUGGUUAAAUCAAUUGAAUUGCGCACUUCAUAACAAAUAUUUACGUGAACGUCGACAUCUUGUACGAUCGUUUUAUUGUCAACCUUUCUAUUAUGGAGAUGAAAAGUUUUAUAUCAGAUAAGUACUUACAAUUCAUACGACAACAUUAUGGAGAAGGAAGAAAUCUGUCAAUACUUUAAUGAUAUUAUCAAAGAUGAAAAAGAUGUUUCUGCUGGAAUGGCUGCUAUACGUACACUAUUAAAAGUUUUAGAGUAUUCAAAGUCUGAAACGGUUCAAGAGCUCAGGUAUUGUUUACAGAAUGCAAUAGAUGCAAUGAGAUCUACUGAAAAUCCUGUAACUGCCAUUGCAUCUGGAAGUGAAUUAUUUCUUCGUUUUAUAACUUUGGCUACAUUAGAUACUCCUUCAUUUGCAGAAUGUAAGGGUAUUAUGCUCCAUAGAGGCAAAAUGUUUUAUGAGAAAUUAGUAGCUGCCAGAGGAAAAGUAGCAAAAGUUGCAGCACAUUUCAUUAAGGAUGGCUCUAAAAUACUUACUCAUUCAAAAUCUAGAGUUGUAUUGCAAGCAAUGAAAGAAGCUGUUGAAAGUAAUAAAAUAUUUGAAGUAUAUGUAACAUGUUCUUCUCCAGAUAAUAGUGGGGAAGAAAUGUAUGAAAACUUAACAAAAUUAGGUUUAUCUUGUACAUUGAUAUUAGAUUCUGCAAUGGGAUAUGUUAUGGAACAAGUUGAUAUGGUCAUGGUAGGAGCAGAAGGAGUUGCAGAAAGUGGAGGUGUUAUUAAUAAGGUUGGCACAUAUACAAUGGCAAUGUGUGCUAAAGAGGUGAAGAAACCAUUUUAUGUCUUAACAGAGAGUUUCAAAUUUUCAAGAAUAUAUCCCUUAAAUCAAGUAGAUCUUCCAAAUGAGUUUAAAUAUACAGCAAGUACAUUAAAAAAAGAUUUGCAAAAAGAACAUCCAUUAGUUGAUUAUACGCCACCACAUUAUAUUAGUCUUCUCUUUACUGAUUUAGGUAUAUUAACACCUUCAGCUGUAAGUGAUGAACUUAUUAAAUUGUACUUGUAAUAUGUAUGUGCAUAUACCAAAAUACAUAUACAAAUAAUUUUAAUACGAAUAUAGGUAAAAAUAAAAUUAUUUAUACAAUGACAAUAAUAAAUAUUUAACUUUACAAAAGA